UAAUCAAUUUUUACAUCUGGCAAGUCGUCAAAUUUUUGGCAUGGUUGAUCUUUACGGGACCGAGUGAAAUAAAACCGAAUUGUGGAAUUAUUAUGAAAAUGGAGUGGGAACCCGAACAAGAAGGAUUAAGGCAAAUAUUAACACUUCUCAAGGAGUCACAAUCGCCCGACACAGCUACACAAAGAGCUGUUCAACAAAAAUUGGAAGAAUUGAACAAGUACCCCGACUUCAACAACUACCUGAUAUUCGUAUUAACUAAAUUAGUUACCGAAGAGGAGCCCACGAGGUCCCUGAGUGGUUUGAUUUUGAAAAACAAUGUGAAGGCCCAUUACAACAACUUUUUCCCUGAAGUAGCUGAGUUUAUCAAACGAGAAUGCUUGUCAGCGGUGGGGGACCCGUCUCCCCUGAUCCGUGCGACCGUGGGUAUCAUCAUCACCACCAUAGCAAGCAAGGGUGAACUCACCUCAUGGCCGGAACUCUUGCCAGCGCUCUGUAACAUGCUCGAUUCACAGGAUUACAAUGUCUGUGAGGGAGCAUUUGGAGCGCUACAAAAAAUAUGUGAAGACACAGCAGAACUCCUGGACAGCGAUGCACUGAACAGGCCACUGAAUGUGCUGAUCCCUAAGUUCCUACAGUUCUUCAGGCAUUCGUCGCCCAAGAUCCGGUGUCAUGCCAUUGCCUGCGUCAACUACUUCAUCAUGGGCAGGACGCAGGCUCUCAUGGCUCAUAUAGACUCAUUUAUUGAGAACCUAUUCCAUUUAGCAGCAGACGAGGAUCCAGAUGUCCGGAAGAAUGUGUGCCACGCGCUGGUGCUGCUGCUGGAGGUGCGGCUGGACAGGCUGGUGCCACACCUGCCCAAUAUUAUUGAGUACAUGUUGGUGAGAACCCAAGACCCCGAGGAGGGAGUAGCCCUGGAGGCCUGCGAGUUCUGGCUGUCGCUCGCUGAACAGAGUGUCUGCAGAGAGGUGCUCGGCGGUCGCCUGGGCGCCCUGCUGCCCGUCCUGGUGCGCGGCAUGCGCUACUCCGAGAUGGACGUGAUCCUGCUGCGGGGGGACCGCGACGACGACGCGGACGACGCGGAGCCCGACCGGGACUCCGACAUCCGCCCCCGCUUCCACAAGCCGCGCUCCGUCUCCGUCAAACACAACGCGGGAGCGGGCGACAGCAACAUGGGCGGCGGCGAGUCGGAGGACUCGGAGGAGACGGGCGACGACGACGGCUCGCUGUCCGACUGGAACCUGCGCAAGUGCUCCGCGGCCGCGCUCGACGUGCUGGCCAACGUGUUCGCGCAGGACCUGCUGCCGGUGCUGUUCCCCAUCCUCAAGGAGACGCUGUUCCACGACGACUGGGUCGUCAAGGAGAGCGGCAUCCUGGCGCUGGGCGCGGUGGCGGACGGCUGCAUGGGCGGCAUGGUGCCGCACCUGCCCGACCUCGUGCCCUACCUGGUGUGCUGCCUCGGCGAGCGCAAGGCCCUAGUCCGCGCCAUCACCUGCUGGACGCUGUCCCGCUACAGCCACUGGGUCGUGGCGCAGUCCCACGACCUCUACCUGCGCCCCGUCAUGACCGAGCUUCUGAAGCGAGUCCUGGACAACAACAAGCGCGUGCAAGAAGCCGCGUGCUCCGCCUUCGCCACGCUGGAGGAGGAAGCCUGCACGGAGCUGGUGCCGUACCUCGGCUACAUCCUGCAGACGCUGGUGUUCGCCUUCGGGAAGUAUCAGCACAAGAACCUGCUCAUACUGUACGAUGCUAUUGGGACGUUGGCGGAUUCUGUGGGCCACCAUUUGAACAAGCCCGAGUAUAUUCAGCUGCUGAUGCCUCCGCUGAUUAAUAAGUGGAAUGUGCUGAAGGACGAGGAUAAGGACUUGUUUCCGUUGUUGGAGUGUUUGUCGUCGGUGGCGACGGCGCUGCAGUCGGGGUUCCUGCCGUACUGCGAGCCCGUGUUCCGCCGCUGCGUCGCGCUCAUCGAGCAGACGCUCAACCAGAACAUCGCAAACAGUCAAAGCCCUGAACAAUUCGACGCCCCGGACAAGGACUUCAUGAUCGUAGCGCUGGACCUGCUGAGCGGGCUGGCGGAAGGCCUGGACGGACACAUCGACAAGUUGGUCCUGCACUCCAACCUCAUGCAGCUGCUCUACCAGUGCAUGCAGGACCCCAUGCCGGAGGUGCGGCAAUCCUCGUUCGCGCUGCUGGGCGACCUGACGAAGGCGUGCUUCCAGCACGUGCACCCCUACAUCCCCGAGUUCCUGCCCAUCCUCGGCUCCAACCUCAACCCCGAGCUCAUCUCCGUCUGCAACAACGCCACGUGGGCCAUCGGCGAGAUCAGCAUCAAACUAGGAGCGGAGACGUCGCAAUAUAUCCCCCUUGUGCUAAACCAUUUAGUCGAAAUAAUCAAUAGGCCUAACACGCCCAAAACACUAUUGGAAAAUACAGCGAUAACUAUCGGUCGGCUAGGUUAUGUGUGCCCACACGACGUCGCACCCGUAUUACAUCAAUUUGUACGCCAGUGGUGCUCGUCGCUGCGGAACAUCCGAGACAACGACGAGAAGGACUCUGCGUUCCGCGGCAUCUGCCAGAUGAUCCAGGUCAACCCCGGCGGCGUCGUGCCGGACUUCAUGUUCUUCUGCGACGCCGUGGCGUCCUGGACACACCCUAAAGACGACUUGAAGGAUAUGUUCACCAAGAUCCUGCACGGGUUCAAGAACCAAGUCGGGGACGACAACUGGCGCCGCUUCACCGAACAGUUCCCCGUGCAGCUCAGCGCGCGGCUGUCCGCCAUGUGCGGCAUAUAGGCCGGCGGCGCACUGU